AUAUUCGAUAUUUCCAACCGUGACAAUUCUGUAUGUUGGCUCUGGUAUGAAUGUACGGGAGUAUGAACUGGAGAAGCCAGAUGUUGCUUUACUACGUGCGGAUUCAUUGCGUUGAAAUCUGAAGAUCCCUAACCUCCACCCACUGCUUCUGCUGAACGAGCCAUGCUGCUGGGCAUCUGUGGCGGCAUAUGCGCCGGCAAGAAUUCGGUCCAGGACUAUCUCGUCCGACAGCACGGCUUCACCCCACUGGUCUUCCGAAGAGCCGAUAGUAUUCCAGCCGUAGAGACAUCAGCCUCACAAGCCUUCGUUCCCCGUAGCCGGAAAGUGGACGACAAAAAGACAAUCACCUUCAACGAUAUAAACGCCCUCCUCGAUCACGCAACCAAGCAUUGGCAGACCAACUUCUGCACCAUAUCCAUCCACGACGAGACCAUCGUGGAAACCCUCAGUCGCCGACCCUUCUUCAUCCUCAUCCACGUCGACGCCCCCAUCUCCACCCGCUGGCAACGCUUCAAAACCCGCUGCGCCACAGCCAGCCUGACCCCCCCAACCCUCGAGCAAUUCGUACUCCGCGACGACGAACACCAGUACAACCCCUCGACCGGUCUCGCCGCCCUCGCCUCGCGCGCCCAAAUCAAACUCCUAAACUCCACUUCGUCCAUUCACACCCUCCACUCCGCCCUCACCAAACUCAACCUCACCGACCCCAGCCGCCUCCGCCCGACCUGGGACCACUACUUCAUGACCCUCGCCUCCCUCGCCGCGCGCCGAAGCAACUGCAUGCGCCGCCAAGUCGGCUGCGUCCUCGUGCGCGCCGCCCGCGUGAUAAGUACGGGCUACAACGGCACCCCGCGCCACAUAACCAACUGCAACGAAGGCGGAUGCCCUCGCUGCAACGACUCUUCUUCCUCCUCCAAUUCCGGCGGGCAGGGGCUGAGUACCUGCCUCUGCAUCCACGCGGAGGAGAAUGCGUUGCUGGAGGCCGGGAGGGAGAGGGUCGGGGGCGGGGCGGUGUUGUAUUGCAAUACCUGUCCGUGCCUGACCUGUACGAUUAAGAUUGUGCAGGUGGGGAUUGCGGAGGUGGUGUAUAGUCGGAGUUAUUACAUGGAUGAGGCGGCUGCGAAGGUGUUUCGCGAGGCCGGGGUGAAGUUGAGGCAGUUUUCGCCGCCGGUGGAGGGGGUGAUUAACCUAAUCGAUGAUGAUGAUGAUGAUGAUGAGCUCGCAAAAGAUCAUCUGAAUGGAGCGGACGUGAAUGGUGCUUACGACGGCACUGCGAUCGACGGAACAGCGAGCGCCGAGUGAAGCGCAAGCCAUCAAUGUACCAACACAACGUCGCCGCAGUCGCCAGCUGACGCAGCAACAAGCGAAGAGAGGCUCCUAUGACAACCCAUACAACCCGUUGCAGCGACUACGAAACAGCGGCAUCCGCCGAUCCAACCCGACCUCUUGACGGAAACA